UUCUAGUUUUGUCUGUUUAAAUUCAAACUCAAAAACCCAUCAAAAUUUACAAUUUUUUUUUUCUUCAAAAUUCUUGACGAACAUGGAGAAAUCUGGGUACGGAAGAGAUGGAAUUUACAGAUCAUUAAGACCAGUUCUUGUUCUACCCAAAGAUCCAAAUACGUCAAUGGUGUCGUUUCUUUUCAGAAACUCAAAUUCUUACCCACAUAAACCAGCUCUAAUCGACGCAGAUUUAUCAAAGAAUUUCUCAUAUUCCCAGCUUAAAUCCGUUGUCAUCAAGGUUUCUCAUGGUUUAAUCAAUCUGGGUAUCAAGAAAAACGAUGUGGUGAUGAUCUUCGCUCCCAAUUCUCAUCAGUAUAUUAUUUGUUUCUUAGCCAUUGUUUCAAUCGGUGCCAUUGCCACCACUACGAACCCUCUCUACACAACUGCAGAAAUCUCGAAGCAGAUUAAAGAUUCUAGCCCUAAGUUGAUUAUUACAGUCCCUGAAUUAUGGGGUAAAGUGAAAGAUUUUAACCUACCCGGUGUUUUCCUUGGUUUUUCUAAAGAAACCAACUCGAAAAACAUAAGUUUUGAUCAGCUGGUGGAGCUUGGAGGAUCAAGAACCGAAUUUCCUGACUGUAAAGUGAAGCAAUCCGACGUGGCGGCUUUGCUAUAUUCGUCAGGAACAACCGGGGUCAGCAAGGGUGUGAUCAUCACACAUGGGAAUUUCAUUGCUUCUAGUUUGAUGAUCACAAUGGAUCAAGCAGUGUCAGGUGAAAUGCAUCAUGUUUUCCUGUGUUUUUUGCCUAUGUUUCAUGUGUUUGGACUGGCUGUGAUUUGCUAUGCACAGUUGCAGAGAGGGAAUUGUGUGGUGUCAAUGGGGAAAUUUGAGUUUGAGACUGUUUUGAAAAAUGUGGAAAAGUAUAGAGUGAGUCAUAUGUGGGUUGUUCCUCCUGUGAUGCUUGCUUUGGCUAAGCAGAGUUUGGUUAAAAAGUAUGAUCUUUCUUCUUUGAAACAAGUUGGCUCUGGUGCUGCUCCUUUGGGGAAGGAGGUCAUGGAGGAAUGUGCUAAGAAUAUCCCUAAUGCUAUUAUCAAUCAGGGCUAUGGUAUGACUGAGACUGCCGGAAUUGUUGCGGUGGAGAAUCCAUUGUUAGGAGCUACACAUUCAGGUUCAGCUGGAAUGCUAGUUUCUGGAGUUGAAGCGCAGAUAGUUAGUGUAGAUACUCUGAAGCCUCUGCCUCCAAAACAAUUAGGCGAAAUUUGGGUUCGGGGACCCAAUAUGAUGCGAGGAUAUUUCAAUAAUCCACAGGCUACAAAGCAGACCAUAGAUAAAAAGGGUUGGGUGCAUACAGGGGAUCUCGGAUACUUUGACGAGGAAGGACAGAUAUUUGUUGUUGACCGUAUCAAAGAGCUCAUCAAAUACAAAGGAUUUCAGAUUGCACCAGCUGAGCUUGAAGGCCUGCUAGUUUCUCACCCGGAAGUUUUGGAUGCUGUCGUAAUUCCCUUUCCUGAUGCUGAAGCUGGUGAGGUCCCUGUUGCAUAUGUAGUGCGCUCGCCCAAUAGUUCACUCACCGAAGAAGAUGUUCAGAAAUUUAUUGCUGAUCAGGUCGCACAUUUCAAAAGAUUACGGAAGGUAACUUUCAUCGAUACUGUCCCGAAAUCAGCUGCAGGAAAAAUCCUUAGAAGGGAGCUGAUCGAUAGAGUAAAAUCCAAGAUAAAAUCCAAGAUGUAAACAUAUGAUUGUCUCGGCAUAAUAAUAGUUUAUCAAAUACAGUAUGUCAUGUUUUUUUUUUCUUAAUUUAUAUUUUCAGAUUUAUCAAGUGUAACAUAUAUACACUGUAUAAUAAAUUUAUAAGGACUCAAAAUUCAAUUUGAAGUGGAAAAUUUGUUUAGUCUAGUA